AUGAAGACUAUAAUUCUUAUCGCAUUCUCACUUGAAUUCGUUUCUAGGGAGACUACCUCGAUUGCGUCCACGAUCGCGAGGGGACGGUUUGAAAACGGACGGAGAUACCAAGCCACGAAAGAUGAUGACUACUGGGGCCCUUCUGACGACCAGCAGUUUGAAGCUUUCGAAAUAGGCGAUGUUGCCGACAUGUAUCCAUCAGCUACCGUUCGUGGCGUGGAUCUGUUUCCCCCACCCGUGACAUGGAUGCCCCCAAACUGCAUCUUCGAAGUGGAUGAUGUGCUUCGUCCUUGGACAUGGAAAGAGCCAUUUGACUUGAUCCAUAUACGUCUAAUGUAUGGUGCCUUCCCUCCUGAGGGAUGGGAGCAGCUAUACAAACAAGCUUACGACGCUCUCGCACCCGGUGGUUGGAUUGAGCAGAUGGAAUUCGAUGUACGAGUCCGCAGCGAUGAUGAUAGCUUAAAGCAAGAACAUCACCUUUGGAGAUGGGGCGACAUGUUUAUUAGAUGUGCCGAGCGAGCCGGCCGGUCACUCAAUAUCCACGAAACGAUGCGCGCCGCAAUUGAGAAAGCCGGAUUUGUGGAAGUGCACGAGAAAAGGAGCAGGAUUCCUUUAGGACCUUGGCCGAGAGAUAAGGUACUGAAGGAGGUCGGACAACUUCAGUACGCUCACUGGAAUGCCGCUUUAGAGGGCUGGGCGAUGUGGCUUCUCACACAUUUUGGAGAGCCCGAGCCGUGGACGAAGGAGGAGGUGCAGGUUUUCCUUGCUCAAGUGCGCGUGGAGCUGAAGAACCCCCGUAUUCACGGUUAUAAUUGGAUGUGA